GUUUGUGUAGCAUUCAGUUUACGAAGAAAUUUGGCCGAGAUAACUUGUGUAUAAAUUCCUAGCGCAAAACAUUUGUAUUUUUUCGGAUUCUUAUUGCAUUUAAGAAAAAACUUUCAUCCUCUUACUGUAAAGGAAUUGAAUGAGAAAAUAGUAUUUGAAUAGGAUAAAAAAUCCUUUUAAUAUUUGUAUUUCAAUUGAGCAAUUUUCGAAAAAGAACAGGAAAUUGAACCAUUUUUGUUAAGGAUAAGUUCAAAAUCCAAAAAAACGAACGCUGUGAAAAGGGAGGUGGAAAUUAGCAAACGAAAUCCAUUACGUGAAAAAUCGAUAAAAAUAGAAUCAAAUCGGAAACCCGUCAUAAAGGCAUAAAGACAAAAGUAAAAACAAAACCAAAGUGACGUACCAACCAGAGGAGUGUAAAAUAUGAACAACGUAACGAGCCGAGCAGCAUAAAGUUGAAAAAAAAAAACGUGUAGUUGGUGUACGAAACCUGCGGAAGGAAUUUUGAAAUAAAAAUACCGAGAAGGCAUAUUUGAAUAUAAAAUAAAUUUUUUUCGUUACUACAAUUUGGAAAAAAAAAACAGCGCAAGGAAAAAGCAGAUAUUCAAAAUAAAAAUCGAGGAGUAAAAGACGAAUAGGAGAAAAAUCAGCUGAUUUGCUGUUUAAAGGUAAAUCGAAGAAGAAGGAGAUACAUUUCCCCACCUACCGGCAAGAAGAUCGACAAACAUACACAUUGUAAGAAAGCAAAACCUACAGCUGUCCAAUCAGCCGUAUAAAUAAGCGAAAGCGCAAAACAAAAAAGUGUUGAAUUUGAAAUAUAAACAAAGUGGAAAAUAAAACUAAAACCCAAAGCAAAACCAAAAAUUUGCAGAUGUAAAUAAAGAAAAUUUCUCUUUUCAUACAACCGCCAAUAAAUCUAUAAACAGUAAGAAAAUUAUCUUGAAACAAUAGAAUUCGCUAAGAAUAAAUAAACAGAACUUAUUUUGCUUGACAAAAUCAAAAUAAAUUUGUAUAAAAUUUCUGUUAUUUAAAAUAACUUCCCAAACAUCGAUUAAUUCAAAAGAUUUUUGAUAAUUCCCAAGUAGCAUGGGCACAGAAACCAAAUUUAAUUGUUACAAGGAGAAUACAACAGCAACGACUGGUGGUGUUUCACGUCCGAAGGUAGCACAUAAUGGUUCGUCGUUAAUAGCUAGAGCAAAUGUCGGUGCUGGCCGUGGUAUAAUUGGCAUUAGUGGUGUUGAUCAAAAGUUGCAUUCCUCAAAUGGCGCUUUAAAUGGUGCAUUGAACUUUAAGCAACAACAGCAACGUAACGAUAUUAAAAACGGCAGUACGACCAAUAGCAGCUGUGAUAAGAUUGAAACAAUUACAACUCCAGUUUUUGUACCAGUACACAUUGGCGAAGACGUAAUUAGCGGUGCCAAAGAGAUACUCAAAGUGAUAAGACCACAUUGGAAUAUCAGUCAUGUACAAUUUAAAAAAUUCACCGAUGGCAUCACAAAUAAGCUUGUCGGCUGCUUCUAUAAUCCCCCACAAACAGCAGCAUCAAACAGCAAUGAUAAUGACAUUGAAAAAGGCAGGUCAAAUGGCAGUGAAACCCCCAGCUCACCAACAGCUUUGGCAUCAUCCACUUUGUUGGAAGAUAAUAAUGACUCUGGCAAUAUCAGCGACACGGAUACAUUGGAUUCAGAGGUGACUACAUCGAGCACAACUGAAAUAGUUAGUCACAAUACCAGCGUUAAUGUUUAUACGAAAGUUGAGAGCUGCAACGAUAGCAGUCCGUCUCACGAGAGCAAUGUAGCAUUGGUGCGUGUCUAUGGUAACAAAACCGAUCUGUUGAUAGAUCGUAAAGCCGAGACACGCAACAUUCAACUGUUGCACAUGUAUGGGUUUGCGCCAACGCUAUUUGCUACAUUCAAGAAUGGUUUAGUUUACGAUUUUGUACCUGGUGUAACACUGAAGCCGACAAGUGUUUUGGAGCCGAAUAUUUGGCGUUUGGUAGCAACGCGCAUGGCCGAAAUGCAUCGUCGUGUGAAGAUGCAGGAAGUUCCGGAGGCUACAGCUGCUAGUGGUGGUGGUGGUGGUGGUGGUGGUGCUGGUGAACCGCUUGAACCAAUGUUAUGGCGUAAGGUGCAGAGUUUCUUUGAUUUGGUACCUGAACAUUUUAGUGAUCCGGACAAACACAAAAGAGUUGAGGAGACUUUCUUGCCAAUAAAACGUUUACGCGAUGAGUUCAACGCGCUCUACAGGCAUCUCGAACGCCUGGACAGUCCGGUGGUGUUCGCCCACAACGAUCUAUUACUGGGCAAUAUUGUCUACUACGAAGAUCAGCAGUGCGUUAAUUUCAUUGACUACGAGUAUGCCGAUUACAACUUUCAGGCAUUCGAUAUUGGUAAUCAUUUUUGUGAAUUUGCCGGCGUCGACGAAGUGGACUUUACACGUUAUCCGACGCGAGACUUUCAGCUUGCUUGGUUACGCGUCUAUCUGCAGGAGUAUCUGCAACGCACACACAUCACCGACGCCGAAGUGGAACGCCUGUACUUGCAGGUGGACCAAUUCGCGUUGGCCGCACACAUGCUCUGGACCGUUUGGUCGCUCAUACAGGCAGAACAUUCCAAUAUUGAUUUUGAUUAUGUUGAUUACGCUCACAUACGCUACGAGGAGUACAAAAAGCGUAAAGCUAUUUUAGGUUUGGUCACCGCCGACGAGGCGGAGAAAUCCGCCUCCGCCACGGAAUCGAGUUAAGAUCAGCACUGCAGCAGCCACAAAAAACUUCACACACAUACACACAUAGCGCCUCAACAGACAUACACGUACCACCCGAAGCUGACAAUUGAGGAACAGCAACAACA